CAAGUUAAUCAUUGAUCCAGAGCAGUCCGUUCUCAGUUCAGGAAUGACAGCCAUUGAUCAGCACCGCAGGUACGGGUUUCAGGUGUUGGUGGUCUGCUCGCUGCUCUCACUAAGUACAGGGUCCUUGGUUGUGCACACCAGCCCUACACCACAGCACUGCACAGCAGGCUCCGCCAUUGCCCUCAGCUGCACCUUUCCAGUGCCUUUUGGUACUCCUCUGCAUGGGAUUGCACUCAAGUGGACAGUGAGCACCGUGGAUAAUAACCACAGGACAAUUUAUACUUUUGACGGCACUUCAGAGUGGCAUUUUUAUAAUCAGAGCACGGUGGAUAGGCUUCAUCUGAUUCAAGGCGAUGCAACCCUGCACCUGAAGAAUGUGACCCUUUCAGAUGCAGGACACUACACAUGCACAGUGUUUAUCCCCCCAGAAAUGGGGGCCUCUACGUUCCUUUUGGAUGUUUCUGUUCUUCCAUCAGUAACACUGUCACCUGAAUUUCCAUUUGUUACUAUUGGAGAGGAGAAGAUGCUGGUUUGUGACAUUCAGAACUUUUAUCCAAUGCAAAUUGAUAUUGCCUGGUUCAUUCGAAAAGGAGCCUUGCAUGAAAGCCUGCCUGUUUCACAAGGGGUCUGCACUGGAAUCCCAGUUGCUUAUGGGAACCAGACUUUCAGUGUCCAGAGUCAAAUUCUGAUUAGGGCUACCACUGAAGCAAAUGGGGCAAUAUACACUUGUCAAAUUAAGCACCAAUCUUACAGCUCUCCUUUUAGAAUAAAUACAACUCUAACUGUUGUAGACGCAACGUCAGCUUCUCAUGGUGUAGGUAUGAUUGCAGGCACAGCAGUGACCAGUAUGUUUCUGACAUUAGCUGUCCUAGGAGCAGUCUUCAUUCAUGUCCACUAUAUUAGGAAAGUUCCUCCAAAGGUUUCGGAGAUCAUUAAACCUGAAAAGAUUUAUGCAAGUGAAGCAGUGACCUUAAUGUGCAACAUCACCUCAGUCCAGUCAAAGCAAGUGAAAGUUCAGUGGCAGCGAUAUCACGGGCACAAGCAUGUCUCCACCUCUGCAAAGGUAGAAAGCCCUCUACUUCAGGAACACUUUGAAGACUUGAGUAGAUAUACAGAAAACAAGCCCUUCAAGAACAGCCUCAUGUCCUGCCUCAGUAUUGUGCCAUCUAUUGAAGACGAUGAUCGGGAAUACCAGUGCAGAGUGUGCUAUCUCAACAGAACUACAAUUACUAAAAAGACAUGCCUGAAAAUAUUGGUGCGACCAUCUCAUUUUCAAAUCGAAUGUUUGCCUAGGAUCCCAAUGCCAGAACAGACCUUAGUCCUUAGCUUUAGGGUUGAGAGGUUCUACCCUAAGGUCAUUUCUCUCAGAUGGUUUAAAGAUGAACUUCCAGUGAAGGUGGCCACUCAGUUUGGUCCUUUUCUUGACGGUGGAAAGCUUUACAGUGUUUGGAGUCAGACAGAGUUCCUGGUUUCAAGCAAUGACCAUGGAGCUAUAUACACUUGCCGUGUACACCAUGAGAGCUUAACUGGUUUCAGAGAAAUUGCCUACAAGAUUAAUUUGCAGGGAACUGCACCUGAGGUGUCAUGGAUCACAUCGGAUCCUUCCCCACCCAAGCUCGGCCAAGAGUGCACAUUAAACUGUCGGGUGACUGACUUUCUGCCUGAAACUAUAACUGUCACAUGGUUUAUGAAUGGCCAGCCAGCACUCAGUGGGGUUUAUAGCUCCCUGCCUAUUCUUAGCAUCGAUGGGCAUUAUUCACUCUGGACUUUCUACAAAUUCACACCUACAGUCAAAGACUCGGGCAGCAUUUUUAAAUGUGUAGUAGAGCACUGUGCUUUAAAGGGAGUUGAGGAAAGAUCAUUUAAACUGGAAAUGAACGACACAGUAUAAAUGUUUGCAUUAGACGCAUUUACUCUUAAAUGCGUUUACAUUUGGUUAAUCGUUUUAUCCAAAGCAAGUUGCUUAUUUUAUGGGAAGAGUACCGUUUUUUUUCUGUACUGCUACAUUUGAGGCACAAUAGACUUUUGAAGACUCUUAGAGUGAAUCACCUUAUGAAGUGGAGAAAAAACAGUCAGAUAUCUGGAGUCUUUAAAGCCAGAAGAUGGCUUGGUUUAGUGUCUGAUCAGUAAUGAUGGUUCCAAGUGUGGCAGAUCUGAAGUUCUGCCCUCUAAAUUGGAAUUGUAAGCUCGGGAGGAUAGAUGAAGAAUAACAGAAUUGUCUGUGAGAAUUAUAAAGUAUAAAGGUUCUGGAGCAAUUCUUAUGUUUUUGUCUGUAAUAUGCUGCCUGUUCAACUCUAUAACCAAAGAGUCUGUAUUUAAAGGAUAAAUUUGGUAUUUUUCAUAUCAAAAUAUUUUCUUCACAGUCAUAGUAUAUAUUGAAAUAAUAAGUGAAUAAGUGAAGCACAUUUUAUAAAUAAUAAAAAAAAUAAUAACUAGCUUGUUCUUACACUUUAUUAAGUAGCUAUAGAGUACCAGAGCCCCAAUGUGAUAAAAUGCUUUAAAACUUACUAAAUAUAUCCAUUUGUUUUUCAAGUCAAAAAUAUUAUCAAGUAUUGAUCAGUGCCUUGAGAUUACACACUGUGGCGGACGGCCGGGACACUUGUACUUUAUAUGGUCCGGGGGAACAAGCAGGGACUGAACAGUACCUCCCUCGGGGCGCUAGAUGGCAGCCCCCCUGAAUGGCAGUGGUGCCUCUGAUUCCCACAGGGCUGCAUGGGAGAUGGAGUUCUCUACAACGCUGUUGGGAUCCAGUUUGUGCCACCAGGGGGUGCUGCAGUGGUACCUAAGCCUGUGUGGACGAUUCUUCCGCGACACCCAGAAGUGCAACUGGAAAUAAGUCAUCAAACACCUGGAGCACUGGUGGGCUAUAAAAGGAGCCAGCAGACCCCAAUCUGGGAGCCAGAGUUGAGAGGAGGGAGACGAAGCUUGCCGGAGAGGAGUGGUGGAGAAAAGAGAAAGAGAAGUAUUGUGAGUGUGCUUGUGCUUAUUGGGACUGUGUUGUGCCUUUGGGGACAUAAAUAAAACAUUUAUUUGUUUUAUCA